GAACAAUUCCGUUGUUGUACCGUCUGGGACGUCACUUCCUCUUCUGAGUGAUAAAGGAGGCCUGGCGGGAGCUCCGCGGGUCAAUAUUUUUGGUUUGUUCGGCUAAUCCGACGUGAAUCGGAGCCAUCAGAACCGCAGACAUGACGGUGGGCAAGAGCAGUAAGAUGCUACAGCAUAUCGACUUCAGGAUGAGGUGCAUCCUUCAGGACGGUCGAAUCUUCAUUGGAACCUUCAAGGCCUUCGACAAACACAUGAACCUGAUUCUGUGCGACUGUGAUGAGUUCCGCAAGAUCAAGCCCAAGAACUCAAAGCAGCCGGAGCGGGAGGAGAAGAGGGUUCUGGGUCUGGUUCUGCUGAGAGGCGAGAAUCUGGUCUCCAUGACGGUUGAGGGCCCACCCCCAAAAGAUACUGGGAUUGCCCGGGUUCCAUUGGCAGGUGUGGCUGGAGGUCCGGGUGUCGGUCGCGCCGCGGGUCGUGGUGUUCCUGCAGGAGCUCCAAUGCCUCAGGCCCCAGCUGGACUCGCUGGGCCUGUCAGAGGAGUGGGUGGUCCUUCACAGCAGGUGAUGACCCCACAAGGCAGGGGGACAGUAGCUGCAGCAGCAGCAGGAGCCAGCAUUGCAGGAGCCCCAACCCAGUAUCCACCUGGACGAGGAGCUCCGCCCCCAAUGGCCAGAGGAGCCCCGCCUCCAGGUAUGAUGGGCCCGCCUCCUGGCAUGAGGCCCCCGAUGGGCCCUCCGAUGGGGAUGCCACCAGGUCCGGGCAGAGGAGCUCCGAUGGGGAUGCCCCCUCCAGGCAUGAGACCACCCCCGCCUGGCUUGAGAGGUCCGCCCCCUCCCGGGAUGAGACCACCCCCUCGGCCCUGAAGAGGCUCCGCCCUGUCACUCAUAUGUUGUAUAGAGUUUCUUUUGUUUACCUUUGUGUUUUUUAAUAAAGUUGUCAGAUUUAA